GCUACAGACUGUGUGUGUUGGACAGAAAAUACACAUUGAUAGUCUUCACUGCCAACUUUCUUUAAAGCACUAAGUACACUAAGUACUAUAUCAAGUCCUCUGCCAAUGACAGCAGAAGAUUCCAGGCACUAUUUGUUUCAUAAUCCUAUAUCUAGCUGACUCUGUAUGUACUUCUCUGCAGUUCAAGUUGCCAGCAAAUGCUGAACUGGAACACAAGAGUCAAUCCUGGUUUGGUUAACAAAUUCCCCCGCAAAACAUCUCCCCAAGCCCCCAGGAGCUGUAGUGAUGUCAUAUCCGUUGUCCAGGUCUCCACACCUCUCUCGGCAGUUUACUCCCUUUAUCUUUUUCUUGGGUCCAAACUUUUUGAGGAGGUCUGGCUAGAGAGCCACACGAGAGGGUAAACUGGGGCGCCGCGGGUUGGUGGAGCUUCAGCACCUCGGUCAGCGCCCACUGCAGCUCAACCCACCCCUAGAGCUCGCGGACUCCCAGCUCUGAGAAUGCCUGCGGAAUGAUCGCCCCCAGGGCGGCUGCCGCUGCUGCUGCCGCUACCGCUACCGCUGCUGCUGCUCCUGCUGCUGCUCCAGCCACUCACUGCCUCCGUCUCCACUCUGCUCUGACUGACAGGCAGAAAGUGCAACUGACGAAGGAAAGGUCUCUGCAGUGAGAGUGGAGUGGCUACAUAAAAGAGAGUAAAGGGGGAAAAAACCCAGAUCAGAAUGCAGGCGACGUCCAACCUACUCAACCUCCUGCUGCUGUCUUUGCUGGCUGGAUUGGAUCCUUCCAAGACUCAGAUCAGUCCCAAAGAAGGGUGGCAAGUAUACAGCUCAGCACAGGAUCCUGAUGGACGAUGCAUUUGCACAGUGGUUGCUCCAGAACAAAACCUGUGUUCCCGGGAUGCCAAAAGCAGGCAGCUUCGCCAGCUGCUGGAAAAGGUUCAGAACAUGUCCCAGUCUAUUGAAGUCUUAAACUUGAGAACUCAGAGAGAUUUCCAAUAUGUUCUAAAAAUGGAAACCCAAAUGAAAGGUCUGAAGGCCAAGUUUCGGCAGAUUGAAGAUGACCGGAAGACACUAAUGACCAAGCAUUUUCAAGAGUUAAAAGAGAAGAUGGACGAGCUUCUACCCCUGAUUCCUGUGCUGGAACAGUACAAAACAGAUGCCAAGUUAAUCACCCAGUUCAAGGAGGAAAUCCGGAAUCUAUCUGCCGUCCUCACUGGAAUUCAGGAGGAAAUCGGUGCCUAUGACUAUGAGGAACUACAUCAAAGGGUGCUUAGCCUGGAAACCAGACUUCGGGACUGCAUGAAAAAGCUAACAUGUGGCAAACUGAUGAAAAUCACAGGGCCAAUUACAGUCAAGACAUCUGGAACCCGAUUUGGCGCUUGGAUGACAGAUCCCUUAGCAUCUGAAAAAAAUAACAGAGUCUGGUACAUGGACAGUUAUACUAAUAAUAAAAUUGUCCGUGAGUACAAAUCCAUUGCAGACUUUGUCAGUGGAGCUGAAUCCAGGACAUACAACCUCCCUUUCAAAUGGGCAGGAACUAACCAUGUUGUCUACAAUGGCUCGCUCUAUUUUAACAAGUAUCAGAGUAACAUUAUCAUCAAAUACAGCUUUGAUAUGGGGAGAGUGCUUGCACAGCGAAGCCUGGAGUAUGCUGGUUUUCACAACGUUUACCCUUACACAUGGGGUGGGUUCUCUGAUAUCGACCUAAUGGCUGAUGAAAUCGGGUUGUGGGCUGUGUAUGCAACCAACCAGAAUGCAGGCAAUAUUGUCAUCAGCCAACAACCAAGAUACUUGGAGGUGAUGAAGAGCUGGAGCACUGGCUAUCCCAAGAGAAGUGCAGGCGAAUCUUUCAUGAUCUGUGGCACACUGUACGUCACCAACUCCCACUUAACUGGAGCAAAGGUGUAUUAUUCCUAUUCCACCAAAACCUCCACAUAUGAGUACACAGACAUUCCUUUUCAUAACCAAUACUUUCACAUAUCCAUGCUUGACUACAAUGCAAGAGAUAGAGCUCUUUAUGCCUGGAACAAUGGUCACCAGGUCCUGUUCAAUGUUACCCUUUUCCACAUCAUUAAGACUGAGGAUGACACAUAAGCAAAUGUAACUUAUUUUCACUGACCCAAAGGGUGUCAUUGUGAUAAACUCUGUAGGACCCCUUCUGUUUUCUCUUUAUUGUAACUUUCAUCAUUUCUCCAAAGCAUUUUUUAUUAUAAAGUUGGUGUUUCAAAAAACAGCUAAGUCUGUAUAAAUUAACCUGUUGGAAACACAUCUUAACUCCUAAAUUUACAAGGCCUAUCAUGUCCUUGUCAUGAAAAGCACUAAAAAGAGCUUAAGUGGCUAAAGUCAUAGUUUUACAAAAGAUUAAUGAUCUGCCUUAUAUUAGAGUCAGAGACUAAUGGUGGCUUAAAUGCAUGAAUGUCUUUUUUUUUUUUUUUUAACUUGUCAUUUUUUUACUGUUUUUUGCUCCACAUCAGGAAAUAUUUUGGUAGGAAUAAGGAAAAAAAAAAAAGCACUUUCCCCAUUUAUUCCUAAAAAAUAUUUAAGGAUCUUAUUUAUAUGAGAAAAUAAUAUUAAUCAUUUUGCUGUUAUACAAUUCUCCAAUGCGGUGCUGUACAGUCAUUUUUAAAUCUCUUGCUAACAUUUUAUUGGCAAUAUGUAUUUCUACCAUUGUAACCACCAUUGUGCAAUUGUAUCUCUUCACUUCUGUGAAAGUUAAUAUUUUUUAUAAAACACAUGAGGUAUCAUCAUCUCAGUAAUCACUAUAGGUAAACUUUCAAAUGUGGUCAGAGGGAAGUAUCUUUUCAGCUUACCCCUUUACAUAAACAUUACAAACUAAAAAGAAAAUCAAACUAGAUCCCUUAACAUAGAGUCUUUAUUUUAUCCCAAGUUCACUGGACCACUGACACAGAAUCCUAAAACUGAUUAGGGAAGGAUGUUAUUCUGUUCACCCCACUGAAAGCAACCUGUACAGCUGAUUGCAAAGAUGCAGCUGAGUCACAAAAAAUGGAGCUAAAAAAAGACUCCAUUUAUUAUACAAUCAAAUUUUGUUCUUUACAAUUAGACAUAUUAAUAUUUAACUUUAUUUUACACACAACUGGCAAUAAUGUAACUCCUUGUGUCAAGACUCUAAAGUACAUGAAAUAUAUAUGAAAACUCUUAAAAAUUUCUAUAUAUCAUCUAGACUUAUAAACUCUGGAGAGCUACUGGCAAGACUUGUGCAAAAGAAAACUGUGGAAAAUCUGGGAGUUGUCUGUGUUGUUUAAAUGUAUAAAUCAUAAACUCAGAAAACAUGGUAAGAUGGCAACCCCUUGUUAUUCUGACUCAUGGUAUGAAGAAAUAGUAUAACCAAAAAAUAAAGCUUUAAUAAUAUUUUAUUUAAUAACUCCAAAAACAUAUAACCAAUACAUAUUAAAUGUGAGUUUAGACCUACUUUCCACACAUUAAAAACACAGUUUUAUGGAAACGAGUGUGGGCUAGUUUUAAAAUUGAAAAAGUAUACUCUAUAAUAAAUAGUAUGUAACUUAAAUUGUUGUAAAUGUUUAGUUCCACGCAUACACAACAUCAUCGUUUCCUUUGUGAAGUAAGGAUAUAAUAAUUCAGAUAAAGCAUUAUGUAAAGAAAUAAUACUUAAGAGUAAUUCAUUUCAAAUGUCACGAGUAAAACACCAUUCUCAAAUAUCUCACUGUCAAAACUGUAGGAUGAAACAACUCAACCUUGAAGUUGUUAAAAUUUAACAAGAUUUCUUUUUUGCCUACAAAAAGUUAGCAUGAUUUCAUGACCACUCUGGGUCCUUUUGCAAUGUUGUCUUCUCCUUUAAACAUUUAUAGAAGUUCUCUGCUUUUGAGAGUGAGAAAAUUUAGGGACUCACUUCUUGUACACACAACAUAAAAAUAAUCAGCUCUUGUACAUCAAGAGUUUGUAUGAAGAAAGAAUGUCGAUUGCAGAAAUGAAUGAAUGUUCCGCAGAUGGCCUCUAGUGGAUAUCUGGGUCUUCAUUACUUGUUUUGUCUUUUGUUUUUUGUUUUAAAUAAUGUAAUAUGAUAUCACGUGAAUUCAGAACCUGGAUGGUCACAGCUUUUUGUGAAAUGUGAAGCUUGUAAACACUUUCUUGCUUUCUGUGUAAGGUUUCAUCACCAUAUCCAGUUUAUAGUGUAUGUGCUGCUAAAGCAAGCACAGAUUUUAUUAAUGUCACUAGAAGUGGGGGCAAUAUGAGUUUAAAAAUGGGAUACGCAUUAAACACUUAGUUUAAAAGCAUUUUUCUUAAUAAACUAUUCAGUUUGUGCCUGAAAUGAAUAA